UGUUUUGCAACCCUAUAUCCUAGUCUGAACGCACGUGUGCCGCACUUGAAUUUUGUUUUCGUUUUGUUGUUUUCCACUAUUUUCAUUGACUGUGAUUGAGGAGAAUCUGGGAUUUUUAGGAUUUUUAAUAUGGCUACCGUUGAGCCACAAACGAAAAGGAAGCGCAUAUCCAAGAAAAACAAAUCCGCUUGGCGCAAAACCGAUAUCCAAGAUGUGGAACAAUUUCUUGAGGAUCAGCGACAGGAAGAGCGCAUUGGCACGUUCAAAGAUAAACUGGACGACGAUCUGUUUGUUCUAGAUACUUCGACCCAAAAAGUGAAGGCCAGCCUGUUGACGCCUAAACAAAAGAGGAAACUAAAUGCCAAGAAGGCAAUGCGAACGCAUCAAGUUUUUGAGAAUACUUCCAAAGUCCAGGACCCCAUAGCUAAGCGAAAUAAGGUGAGGCAGAAGCAGAACGGGCGCAACAUUGAGUUGGAGGUUUGUAAUCCAACCAAGCCGCGUCAUCGUCAGGCCAAUGCUGAUCGUGCACGCUACAAUGAAAAAUUGGAGGAGCGCCUGGCUGUGAAGCAGGACAGCGAUAAGAAACACAAAAUCGACAAGGACAUUUGGCAGGAGGAAGACUUCCGUGACAAGAUACCAGGACUAAAGGAUGAAAAGGGAUGGAUCAGUCGACCACUGGCACUCCAUGUAGCUUUUAAUUUGCAGGGACACAAGGUGGUUAAGACACAUGGCAGCCUGCAUCACAAGACCACUAAAGCCAAGAAAUUUGUGCCUCCUCAUCCGGGCAUGAGCUACAAUCCCUCACAUAAGGCUCAUCAGGAGUUGAUUGAUCAGGUUGUGGAUCGUGAGGAGGGCAUUAUCAAGAAGGAGCAACAUCUGAAACGUGUCACCACCAGCAUGUUUAGCAUUGUCACUCCUGAGGAACGUGACAGGCUACGGCUGAAAGAGAUGAGUGAGGGCAUUGAUGAACCAGAGACGACCGAGAAGGAAAAGAACAAGGCAAAUGGUGACGACGAUGAUGAUAAUGAUGCGGGUCAGAAGCAAAAGACUGUUGAUUCGGAUGGUGAAUAUCAUACGGUCAACGCUCCCGUUGAAAAUAAGAAGAAGAGCAAAAAGGCUCGUCGCAAUGAGCUGAAGCAAAAGGAACUCCAGCGACAACAUGAUGUGAAGAAGAAGCUCAAGCAACAGACAGCAGAUCUUAUAAGAAUCAAAUCCAUUCGUGCCGAAAUCAAUGAGGAAGCAGAGGAGCUGAAUGAACUGAAGAAACGUCGCAAGAAGACAGCGGAACGUAAGAAGUUCGAACCGAAGCGUUUGGGUCGUCAUAAGUAUGAGGAGCCCGAUGCGGAUGUAAAUAUGCCGGAGGAUUUGGCUGGCAAUUUGCGUAAUGUGAAAACGGAGAGUAAUCUGCUGAAAGAUCGCUUCAAGCUGAUGCAAAGAAACAACAUGCUGGCGCCAUCGGUUGCUGUGUCACGUAAGAAGUCCAAGGUUAAGCGUUUCCUGCGUGGUAGUCACAAAGAGCCGGGUGUCAGCUUUCAGGAUUUGCGUGAUCGUCGCAAAGCCGCUGCCAAUGCGGCUAAGGCCAACAAUAAUACAAUUAAGAUUUAAAAUUCUUACAUAAACAAAACUUUAUUUUACCUAUAACAAUUGGUUAUAUAUAAUAUACAUAUA